UAUUCUGUGUUUGUUGUUGGUACAUUAGUUACGUUUUUCUAUGCAAUGUUUGUAAAUUAACACAGUUUUGUUGGUAAAUUCGUGUUAUUUACAAAUUGUUUAACAUUGUUCAUAUCAUUCUGAAGAUUUGUCAUCCUCUAAAGGCCCACAACUGUUUGACAUUGACAUUAUUUACUGUCUUGGUUUGCAAUAGUAAAACUUAACGUACCUACCUACCUAUUUGAGGAUGAUAAGGGGUAACAACGAAGACUUGACAAAUGUUUCGUUGUAGGCCGGUUCCUAUUCCUGAAGAGUCAUGAGCACAGUUGCAAAGUGAGAGAAUACCAAUAGCUUCAGGGACAAUGAGACAGCAUGAUAUGCUUGCGGAUAUUCGUGACGUACUCCUACCGGCUGACCAGAAGACACUCGACAGCCUUCCUCAUAGCCUCUCUGAUCUUCGGCCUCACCAUCAUCCUCCAGCUAUACGCCCUCAGACAUCAAGACCACUCCUCCACACACCACAUCAUCGGUGACUUUGACUACAAACCAGGCGCAUUUCUCAAAGACUUGCAGCCUAAUGAAAAUAUUAGCUACUGCCAGUUCAACUAUGGCCUACCAUAUGCCUUCAAUUGGGGCUCUUUACAAGUACAUCCGUCCCCAGAAGGAGGGAUUAAAGGACCUUUCAAAGUCAUCUACAAUGCAAUCAGAGGUACGGCGUAUGAAAAUGUUAGUAAAUACGACACAGUGACAUAUGUAACGCAAGCGACCCCAGAAUUUAUAUACCACAUUGUAGAAAUAGCAAGGUACUGGGAUGGACCAAUAAGCCUCUCAGUUUUCGUGCCAGAUUACGAUUUGGAUAUCACAAUGCAGAUAAUGGAUCAUCUAUGUCAUUGUUAUUCAAGUAUGGCAAAAGUAUCUCUACAUUUAUUUUAUCAUAAAAAGUUCCCACCGAGACUGGGCAGAGACCCUGUGUAUAUUCCAGUAUUUUCCACACCUUCUCCAAAUGAAACAGUGGAAGAAGCAAUGAAGAGAAAAAUGGAGAAUUAUAAAAAACUGACGAAUGAAACCAGGGCUGAGUAUAUUCAGAAAUCGAUAAAUAAUAAAAUGAAGCGGAUGAUGGGAAGUAAAGUGAAGAGGAGGACGUCUGCGCCAUACUUGUCGUUUAAAGACUGUUCCGGGCUGGACACAUUCGAUCUUGCCACAUUUAGGCGCUUAAUAAAUUUUAUUUAUCCAAUUAACGUUGGUAGAAAUUCAGCGAGGAACGCCUCGCGCACAAAUUAUUUUUUGGUGUCUGAUAUAGAAAUGGUGCCAAGUAGUGGAUUGGCUGUGAAAUUUACGAAGAUGCUGCGGAAGCUUAUAGGCGCCAGGAAACGUGAUAAGGGGUGUAUAAUCCCUAACACCGUCUUUGUUGUUCCCGUGUUUGAAGUUCAAAAAGGAGAGCACAUUCCACACGACAAAGAGACGUUGGUGAAUAUGAUAGCAGAGAAUCGUGCGAUGUACUUUCAUCAGAAAAUCUGCAUGCAUUGUCAGAGGUUUCCUGGUAUGCAAACAUGGUUGAGGAGGCCGUCGCCUGCAGGUGUUCAGCCGAUGCUCAUAGCUCGUAGAGAAUAUCCGUAUCACAGAUGGGAGCCACUAUAUUUUGGUACUAAUAGAGAGCCAUGGUACAGCGAAAGCCUUACUUGGGAAGGACUUCAAGACAAAAUGACGCAGAUGCUAGAGCUGUGUCUUCAAGGCUACAGGAUGGUUAUUCUGGACGGCGGGUUCCUCUGUCACGCGGCGCGCACCAACACCAACCGUCUCUUCUACCACCGAGCUAGGCGAAGCAACGCGAAGCACUAUGCCGAUAUCAUAGAAUCCUUCAAACUCAUGUAUCCCGACCGAGGCCAGUGCAAAAUCAACUUCGGCUUCAAAAGUUGA